AUGGUUUCCCUGAAGGAAAGACUUGAGCCGUUCUCUGAUGCGGGCCCAUUGGUAAACUACCUGGCCCGCCUUAUCUUGGAACUGCAUCUCGCAUGUCGAUCGCCAUCUGCAGCUCAAGAAUUGAAUAGAUGCUACACCGCGUACGAACAUAUAAGUGAUUAUGCUGGUAUGGCCAACUGUAAGAUGAUGGAAGCGGAUAGCCGCCUCUCGCCGCCUUUCGCAAGUCCCGUCUCGUUGAAUCUGAUUCCAGCUGAUUCGGCAUCUGCUGUGGGGGAAGAACACAUUUGGGAUCCAUAUGAGCUGCAUCUGCCUCUAGACUAUUCUCAGGAGGCCCAAGAGACGUAUGCAUUGGCUCUGAGUCUCUUUGAAAGAGCCAAUUGCGAGCGCGGCCAAGCGGCUGUACUUCUUCGUCAAGCUUGCUGUCUUCAUGUGCUAGCUCGUCAGUUGUCUAUUGAUGAUGACUCGAGACAUACAAUGCUCAAAGAAGCAGGUGAAAUGCUGGAUCAAGCACAAUUGCUCUUUGGUGUGGACGAGGCCAACUUGAUGGUCGUCUUGGGCCACCAGAUCCUCCUCGACAUCAGCAGAGGGGUCAAUACUACAACCAUCCAUGAUCGAGCCACCGAGAUAGGAAAAUGGGGCGUGGAUGCUGGAAACGAGAAGGUUGCUCAUUUUAUCGGCCUUGUGAUGCUCCGUUUCGCGAAACACGAGUAUGCUAAGUUCAGUCGUUUCGAUAUGGCCACUAGGGCUUAUGAGUGCGCCUAUGAGUGCUUCAUAGCUUUGGGGGAUGUUGUGCCUGCCUUUCAGACUCUGGCAGCCAGAGCAUGGAUGCAACAUGGCAUGUAUAACUCCGCCGCAACUAUUCUCUUCAUUGAUCGAGCUCGCGAGAUGUUUGAAAGCGUCCUCAGCUAUUACGAUCAAGGAAUCUCUAACGCUCCAGAUACCGAGCUGGGAAAGAUGGAAAGCAGGGGCUUAUUAGCGCAAAGAUUCCAAAUCAUCAGCUCCUUUCUUAACAAGGCAAAGAGUAUGUAUUUGCGGAUGAAGGAGCUGGAGGUCCUUGAAGAAUGGCAAACCCAGCAUGCCUGGUUCAUCGAGCAUGACAAGUCAUUCCAAUUCAUGCGCGAACACCUGGAGAAAGACGAUGCAAAGCUGCCGACACGUUUGCGCGACCAUAACCUAUGGCAACGCAGCUUAGUCGCUAAUGCCAUACACAUGAAAUUCGCUGUUGCUGAAAUUACCUUUGACCGUCACUUGGAAGAUGGAAACUUGGCGGAUGCCGAGCAGGCCUUUGCCAGUUUUUUUAAUGAAAUGUCUCUCAUGGAACCUGGCUAUUCCCGAGAUUUCUUUCUGCUUCUGGCCUACAACCGUGUUGGCGAUCAUCGGCAGGCGCGUGUCGUCUUGAACUCCAUGACAGACUCUGUGCUCUUCAAUGAUCUACUCGAGCGCUUUCUGGAAGGUCGCGGUCUUCAAGGCGAAUUCCCUGAUAUCGCGGGGAAUGCGCUCAAUGUGUGUGUCAUGGCCCGUGACAUGAAACGAGGGUACCAGCUCAUUCAAACGAUCUCUCAGAUCUCGCCGUCUUUCUUCGAGAAUAUAGUUGAAAGUGCGUCAGACUUCAUCUUCCGCUUGGCAGAUUAUUCGAUAAUAAUGUUGAACAAUGAUCACCCCGAGACGGCCUUUCGAAAACUGCUCAAGGCUCGCGAGUUAAUCGAGCUACGUCGCACCGCGACCAUCGAUGCAGAUGCCCGCGGUAGUUCGCUGGUAACCCAUUUGGUCAACGUAUUCUUGACGUUGACAAAGAUCUGUCUUCGGUGCGAACAAGCAGGCAUCCCGCUGGCAGUACUGUCGUUUUAUGAACAUGGUCAUUCCGAGAAUGCAUCGUGGGGAGACCAUGCUUUGCUAUUCUUAGAAGAAGCUCGGGCUCGAUCUGUGCUCGACUCUUUGCAAACCGUCGACCACAUAUCAGGAGCCACCAGCGGGAAGACUUUGUCAGAGAUCACCUACAAAAGGCGGGCUCUCAGACACCUUCAAGCUCUCCGAGUGCGUAAUGAAAGACAGGAACGAGAACAGGCACAAUUGGAAGCUGAACUGCGAGAUUUGGCUGGCAAUUCACUGUCAGCUUCGACGGAGGAAUUCAUCCAAGCGACCAACGCCUCAGUCGACCCUGCUCUCCUCUAUGGUUGCAUCCCUGGUAAUGCGGUGGUGAUCGAAGCGUCGUUUUCACCGCACGGAAGCCUCAUAUUUGCAAUCACAAGCGCUGGUAUCGAGAAUGCACGCGAAGAGCCUGUGACGGUCUCAGACCUUCGGAGGCCAGUGCUCGAAUACUUGGGUCUCAUGCAGCAGAUGACUGGGAUCAAGAGCUCCGAGGAGGAUGUGCGCAAACGACAAGUAGACGAGCUAGGCGAACAGAUCUCUGCGGUGUUGUUAAAACCCUUUGAAGACACGAUCCGAACCAAAACACACGUCAUUUUCUCUGUCUCUGACCCCUUGACGGCAUUCCCCCUGUCCGCUCUGCCUUUCGACGGAGAGCCCCUUCUCGCACACGUGGCUGUCUCACAAAUCCCCAGCUUGACCGUGUUAUACCAUCUGAGUCGGCGGCAGGCAACAACCGCAGCGCCUACGGUCUCUGUGUUCGCCAAGACAUCAGCCAUGCCUGCGGUAGAAGGUGCAACCCGACAUGCCAACGGCAAGGAUGGGGAUGAGGAGGAGGAGGAGGAGGAGGAGCAGGUGCUGUACAUGGCACGGAUUGAGGCAGUCAAUAUCGCGCGCCUGUUUGCGACGUGGCCGAUCGAGGCGUCUCGCGUGACCCGCCGCGAGUUCCGGGAGUACAUCCAGGGUGGGAGUGCGGUGCUGCACAUCGGGACGCACGGCGAUGUCGACCACCACCACCCGCUGCUGUCCUUCAUCUCUAUCGGCGAGGAGUUCCGCGUGCUCGACCUGCUGGAGGUGCAGAGCCGCGCGCACCUGCUCGUCUUCGCCGCCUGCCUGAGCGGCCUGGGCAGAGCCACGCUCAGCAACGAGGUGCUUGGCUUUACCCACGUCGUCCUCGGCACGGGCUGCCAGGCUUAUAUCGGCACGCUGUGGAAAGUAAACGAUUUUGGAUCGAUGCUACUCAUGACGCUCUUCUAUCGCCAACUGAAGGACCAGCAUGCCAUCAGCCUGGCGGAAGCAAUGCGCCGCGCGCAGCAUGACAUGCUCCGUCUCGACACGGAGGGUGUCCGUCUUUUUCUUGACGGGCUCCUUGACGCGUGGGCCGCGAUGGACUCGGCAUGCGAUGACCACGGCCUCACCGGGUUUCUAUCGGAUGCCCGGUACGUGCUGGCCACGACCAAGAUGAUGCUCGAUCAGUUGGACCUGGCGAGUCCAUUUUACUGGGCGUCGUUUAUGUUGGUGGGGUAUGGCGACUUCAAAUUCGCUGUACAGGAUUCCAACGAAUUUGGCAUACACUAG